AUGAAGUCGGUGUUUAUCACCGGUGGGAACCGCGGGAUCGGUCUGGAGACGGCUCGGCAAAUGGGCAAACUUGGCUACUAUGUGAUCAUCAGCUGCCGAAGUGAGGAACAGGCAAAGGCCUCCAUGGAGAAGCUGUCUGCGGACGGUGUGAAGGCUGACUAUGUGAUCAUGGAUGUGGUGGAUGAAUCCUCUGUUGCAAAGGCAGCUGCGGAGUUGUCCAAGAAGCUCAACGGCGUUCUCGAUGUCCUCAUCAAUAACGCUGGAUAUAACGUCCCUCGCGGCGAUAUGAGCCGAGUCAACCUUGACGAUAUGCGGAAGUGCUACGAGGUGAACGUGAUAGGCGCUAUAUGCGUGACAAACCACUUUCUGGACAUGGUGAAGAAGUCCCCCGCCGGCCGGAUUGUGAACGUCGGAUCCAUCAUGGGGAGCUGCGAGCUGGGAGUCUCCACUCUGAGCAGCGCUCCGUACAGCUGCUCGAAGGCUGCCAUGAACAUGUACACUGUGAAUCUGGCGAGCUCUCUGAAGGAUACAAAUGUGAAGGUGAACUGUGCUCAUCCCGGAUGGGUGAAGACGAACAUGGGCGGCGCUGACGCACCGUUGGAAGUCACUGAGGGAGCGGAAACAAGCGUGUACCUUGCCACGCUGCCACCCGAUGGCUCCACUGGCGGGUUCUUCCACAAGCAGAAUCGUCUGGCCUGGUAG